CCCAUUCGUACAAACUCUUUGGCAUCAUCGCAAAAGUCACGUCCCUUGCCGAAAUCUACAAGGCGUUUGCAAGGAGAUUGCACCCCGUGGAGAGAAGCAGGUCCUAUUUCCGCCGCCCGGAAUCCAACUUCUCCUCCGUCAAUGACGCCUAUGGGGUAAUCAUAAUUCGUGAUAGUAAUUCGCAUUCCAUUCGUUUCAAGAUGAAUUUCCCACCGUUUGAAUUCUUCAGGCUUCUCGUGCUCGAAGGAGGGAAGGGGAUUCCACACCGGAUUCGGACAAGAAAACACAGGAAAGGAGGAUGAAGAAAGAUGCGGCAGAAGAAGAAGAAGAAGAAGAAUUUGUGAUUUCAAGUCCCAAGUUGUUGUCUAGGACCACAAGCCGGAUCGCCCCGAAAUUGUCUAAAAGCUCCAGCGGAGGGAGUAGGGGCGGCACGCCUAUACCUGCAGAUUUGUAUGCACAUGUGCAAAGGUCAGCCUCAGUUUCCAGCACCACAACCCCACCAUCUUUACUCUCCAAAACAAUGAGCCAAGCUAGGAGAAAGCCACCGCCAUUGGAGAAGAAGCUGAAAUGCACGCUUGAGGAGUUGUGCUAUGGAUGUACCAAAGAGGUCAAGAUUACAAGAGAGAUCAAUUCAAACUCCGGGCUAAUUCUUCAAGAAGAGGAGUACGUAACAAUCAAGGUGAAGCCGGGAUGGAGAAGAGGAACGAAGAUUACAUUUGAAAGAAAGGGAGAUGAGAGGAUGGGGACCCACCCAGAAGAUAUCAUCUUUGUGAUUGAGGAGAAGAAACACCCGGUGUUCAAGAGGGAAGGAGAUGAUUUGGAGAUAGGAGUUCAAAUCUCCUUAGCCCAAGCCCUCACGGGAUGCACUAUUGAGGUACCCACAUUAGGAGGAGAGGAGAAGAUGGUUGUCAACUUGGACAACGAGAUCAUUUAUCCGGGGUUUGAGAAAACCAUCCCUGGACAAGGAAUGCCUAAAUACAAGGAGGGUCAAGCAGGCCGUCAAAGAGGAGACCUUAGGCUCAAAUUUCUCAUUGCUUUUCCCACAGAUUUGAGUGAAGAGCAACGAUCACAAGUUGCCAGUAUACUGAAAGAAUGUUUUUAAGUUGGUGUUCAAAGUUUUGUUGCCGUAUUAUUGGUCUGUUCGGAUUUGUCUCCCUCCUAAUAAUACUAGGUGCAGGCU